GGAAGAACCAAGAACGAAUUCUUGUAUGAGGGGGAGCUCCAAAGACUCAUUGGUACUAUAUAAUAAGCAGUCCUCUCGAAGGUUCGUGGUCAGAUACUAGCUACUUCUCUGAAACAAGGUCGUGGUAAAAAAACCCAGUAAUCCAUUCCUACUCAACAUCGAACAGGCGCUAUUGAAUAGUAUUGAUCAUUCACAUAACACACAUUGGAUCGCUUUAAGCGUGUCUUAGGAAAAAGAUGUCGGGAAAACUUGCCGUUUUCAACCUUCCGGAUGACACGAAGGAAGAAGAGUUGGAGGACAUUUAAGAGACGAGGUCACUUGUCAAAAGAGUAAGUAAGAGUGACUAGAAGAAGAGCGUAGGUAACGCAUGAGUAGAUUGUAGAGGAGUGUGCCCCCUCUACUGGGCUGGCGAAUUGUUAGUUACCAGCGAUCUUGUACUUCUCAAGGUCAACAUACAAAGCUGCGAUAAUCUCACAGAAAGUCUCCAUCUCUCUUCCCUACUUGCUUCUCUCUGUGUUCCGCCUACUUCUCUCUAUCUUCCUCUCUCUCCUUACGCGAUUACUCCCCCUUUCACAUGAUCCUCGAUGGAGAAAAAAUCCUUUCUCUCUCUCUCUCUCUAAACUCGCUGUCUAUCUCUCAACAUUACUCCCAUAUCUAGAUUAUCUCUCUCCCCCUACAAGAACGCGACUCGUCCCACAAAUACCCUAUAGCAUUACUCCUACUUCUUCCACAAGAAAUUUUAUGUAUAAUUGGCUUGUUCUUAGUUUUUCCCCCGUAUUUCUUCCACUUCUCUAAUCUACUUUCUCCAAAUACGGACGUCUCUCCCGUUGCUGCGUGCGGCGAACAAGAGCUGGCGACACCAUGGCCUUCGUAGAAUACAGUGACUCUCGUGAUGCAGAAGACGCUAAGGAUGGAAGGUAUCGUAAUCUGGACCUCCCAAGCUCAAUUCUAAUCGUGACCCAUGCUUAACCCAAUAACAUCUGGUGCUUACCCGUGCUGAAUAAGUUGGUAACAUGAUUCUCUACCUAUGCGCACUGAACUUUGUGCGAGAUAAAUUGUAUUGUAGCAGGACAUGAUACCCGUAGAAUGUGUAAACUACUACUACUACAGUUUGUGUUAACGCUACCACAUUUAAUACCGAUGUUGUGCUACCUAUGUUGUGCCGUUUGUUCUACCCAGCCUGUUAACGCUACCACAUGUUUUGUUGCGCUACCUAUGUUGUGCGCUACCUAAUAUGUUUACGACAGUUUGUUCUACCCAGCCUGUUAACGGGAUCACACAUUUAACACCAGGAACGGCUACGCCGUAGGCGACCGCCGCCUUCGUGUGGAGUUCAGUAACCCGCCAGAAAAAGGUAAGGGACGUCGUGGUGACUCACGCAGACGACGUGACUCGCGUCGUCGCGAUUCCCGAUCCCGCGGUGGCAAACGAGGUGGCGGUAAAGGUUCUGCCAAAGCAGGAGGACUCAGGGAUUCGUACUCAAAUUUUUUUUAAAAUUUACUAGCAUUUACUUACUUAGUCGUCUUAUUUCAUGAGAAUAUGUACUUUAGUCCUCUUACUUAAUGAGAAUAUGUAAGUAGUUUUUUUGACUAAGUAUCUAAGGUACUGAAAUUUUUUAGGAUUUACUUAGUCCUCUACAGUCUUAGAUAGUGGUUGAGCAUCGGGAGUCGUAGCUUGAUUCGUGUUAAGUAGAAGAAGGUCUUGAGAACUCUCAUUUCCAAACUCCAAAAGGUAUUUCAAAGUUGAGGUGGUUGGUAUUCCGCCGACUGCUUCGUGGCAAGAUGUGAAAGACUUUCUGCGCAGAGCUGGCAACGUUAAAUUCACCGAUGUUGACCGUGACAUUUAUGGCAGAAGCAUAUCCACAUCCAUCGCCCUAGAACAUAAUCCUACAACAUCAACUACAUGACCAUGAUGACCUUGGCUCCUUUAUAUUUUCGACUUGUUGAAUAUAUAAGCACAUCAUGGGAAUGAUACACUCUUCUUUUACUUUUUAUUUCUAAGACAUCGGCAUUGGUGGCUUCGAUAACGAGAGCGACGCGCGUGCAGCAGUCAAGGAGCUGGACGGCCAAACCUUUACGGCUAGAGAUGGUACUUCUUUUUAGACUCAGCCUCUUAUUCAGUUUCAGUGAUGGCACUAAGUAACGUGUGAUAACGAUAGUGUCACUCCAAAGAUGGUUCCUCUUAGCGUUAAUGAAAGGCAUUUGAUGAAUUUGGCUGACCUUUGUGUGCAAAGGGUAGACGCAGUCUAUUACGGCUAGAGAUGAUGGUAUUUUUUCAAUUUUCUCGCACCUUCUGCUACAACUACCUGCUAUAGUUAACGUCUUUAUGUUGAAUACUCCCAUACGACCAUAAAAACAUGAUGUCAGGUGAUCGUGCGAAGGUUGAAGUCGUGAUGGCUGGCGGCCCCGGUAGGGGAUCUCGAUCUCGCUCCCGCUCCCGUCGUGAUUCGCGUGGACGCUAAGAACGGUAGUAUUCAGAAAGUAGAGAUACUACAUUGUAGUCAAAAAGAAGAACUUCGUCUGACGAAGAACUUCACUUUUAGUGUCUACGAAGACAGAGAUACUCCAACAUCAAGAAGAAGAACUUCGUCUGACGAAGAACUGCACUUAGGGGAUUGCGCUUCAUCCAUCAUGUGCUUAAUCUAUACUUGGAUACUACAACAUGAAGAACUGCAUUUUUUAAGGUAUUGCUCUUGAAAUUAUGGACGAAAGCAGAGAAGUACUAGGUGCUUCCAUAUCUAAAGUAGAACGAAUAUUUCGUCUCGUUCGCAUCUUCAUAUCUUAUCACUAUUUAGCCCUUAGAAAUAUGGUCACAUCAAUAACAUCUAACUCGCCCAUGCCUGUACGCCUUGCAGCAUGGAGCAGAGUUUACGGAAAGGAUCAACCCCUAACGGAUAAUUGUCUACAAAUCCAUUCACAUUCAUUCGAACACUCGAAUACACUCAAGAACAAAAACAACAUGAACAAUAGCUGUUGUAAGUAAUAUUACUACAACAAUAACAACACACAAAAAUAACACUUAUACGCGUAUACAAGAACAACCACUAAGAAUCCAAGAGGUAUAUCCAGAUGAUCUUCGCGCAGAAAAUAAAUCAUUGCUGAAGAUUGUCAAGCAUAUGGACCUCGUGGUCCAUGGCAUCUUCAACAAAGACGCUGUCUAUCCCUUCAACAAAUCACUUGUUUCAAAAAAGAUGCAUUCACUUCUUUUACUUUUCAUUCUCAGCCGCGAAAAGGCUCUCUUGCGCUUUUCGUUUUCGCAAGGAGCUGCACCAAGCG